GAAGAACAAGCCAGUUGCUACCUCCCUCGGAAUUACAACUCAACAUGGCCGCCCUCCUGCCUCUUCUUUUGCCUUUGCUUCUUCCUACUGCAAACGCCCAGGCUUAUGAUGCCACACAGCGUGAUGCCAGUGCUUUCAGUUAUAUUCAGCCGUUAAAUACCACAAUUCUCGGACCUUAUGGCAACUCGCCAGCGGUUUUACCCUCUCCGAAUGCGACUGGCGUUGGUGGUUGGGAAGACGCAGCUGCGCGUGCAAAGGCUUUUGUCGCGCAGCUCACUCUUGAAGAAAAGGCCAAGAUGGUCACAGGUCAACCAGGCCCUUGUGUCGGUAACAUUGAGCCAAUUGAACGUCUCGGAUUCAACGGACUCUGUCUCCAGGAUGGUCCUCUUGCAAUUCGUGUUGCCGAUUACGCCAGUGUUUUUUCUGCUGGUGUUUCCGCAGCCAGUUCCUGGGACAAGGACAUUUUGUACGAGAGAGGUCUCUUGAUGGGCAAGGAAUUCAGAGCCAAGGGUGCUCAUGUUGCUCUCUCUCCUGUUGCUGGACCUCUCGGCCGCUCGGCCUACUCAGGUCGUAAUUGGGAAGGCUUCUCGCCCGACCCGUACCUCACUGGUGUCGCCAUGUUCCAAACCAUCACCGGUCACCAAGAUGCAGGCGUGCAGGCAACAGCCAAGCACUUCAUCGGUAAUGAACAGGAAACUCAGCGUAACCCGAUCUACAAGCAGAACGCCACACUAAACACAGUCGAAUACGAAGCCCUCUCGGCCAACAUGGACGACAGAACCAUGCACGAGCUCUAUCUGUGGCCCUUUGCUGAUGCGGUCAAGGCUGGCGCUGCUGCUUUCAUGUGCGCUUACCAGAGACUCAAUGGCUCAUAUGCUUGCGAGAACUCCAAGGCCCAGAACGGUAUUCUGAAGACUGAGCUUGGAUUCCAAGGAUACGUCAUGUCCGAUUGGGGUGCCGUCCACUCCGGUGUUGCCUCUGUUGAAGGUGGUCUCGACAUGAACAUGCCCGGUGGUCUGGGCAACUACGGAACGGUCACUGGUGUUGGAUCCUACUUCGGUGGCAACAUCACCGCCAUGGUCAACAACGGCACUGUUCCAGAAUCCAGAAUUGACGACAUGAUCAUCCGCCAGAUGACACCUUACUACUGGCUCGGCCAGGACAAGGACUUCCCUACUGUUGACCCCUCCACUGGCUGGCUCAACACCUUCUCGCCUGUAGACACUUGGCUCCGUGACUGGAACCUCACCGGACCUUCUAGCAGAGAUGUCCGCGAGGACCACAACGAGGCCAUCCGUAAGCACGGCGCAGCUGCCACUAUCCUUCUCAAAAACGAGAACGGCGCUCUUCCCCUCAAGGCUCCCAUGUCCAUUGCCGUCUUCGGUAACGAUGCUUCUGAGCCCACCCAAGGUCUUCUCAACCAGAAUGACUACGAGUACGGUACCAUCAUCGCCGGUGGUGGCUCCGGUACCGGUAGAGCUGUAGAGAUCGUCACUCCUCUUCAAGCAAUCAAGGCGAAGGCCAAGGAAGAUGGUGCCAUUGUCCAGUACUGGCUCAACAACACUCUUCUUGCAAACACCGACAUCAGGUCUCUCUGGAUCCCCAAGGAGCCCGAAGUUUGUAUUGUCAUGCUCAAGACCUGGGCCGAAGAAGCUGCAGACCGCGAGUCUCUCCACGUGGAUUGGGAUGGUGAUGAGGUCGUCGCCCGUGUCGCUGCUGCUUGCAACAACACUGUUGUCGUCACCCACUCUUCAGGUAUCAACGUCCUUCCAUGGGCCGAUCACCCUAACGUCACUGCUAUUGUCGCCGCACACUUCCCCGGCGAGGAGAGCGGUAACUCGCUCAUCGACAUACUCUAUGGAAAAGUCAACCCUUCAGGCCAUCUCCCCUACACAAUCGCCCUGAACGGCACCGACUACAACGCUCCCCCUACCACGGGCAUCAACACCACCGGCAUCAACGACUGGCAAUCCUGGUUCGACGAAAAGCUAGAAAUCGACUACCGCUUCUUCGACGCCCACGACAUGGCCGUCCGCUAUGAAUUCGGCUUCGGUCUUUCCUACACCACCUUCAACGCUUCUUGUUUGAGUGCCGCCCCAACCGUCUCCACCAUCACCUCCAAGCCCGAAGACCUCCCCAUCCUCCCCGGUGGUAACCCCGCCCUCUGGGAAACCCUCUACACCGUCAACGCCACAAUCACAAACUCUGGCAAAGUGGCCGGUGCAGCCGUACCUCAACUCUACAUUUCCCUUCCCUCUUCCGCUCCUGCGGGAACGCCUAUCCGUCAACUGCGAGGUUUCUCAAAAAUGUACCUCGAGCCCGGUCAAGAGGAAAUUGUUACCUUCGAAUUGAUGCGUCGUGAUUUGUCCUACUGGGAUGUUGUUUCUCAGCAGUGGUUGAUUCCCAGUGGAAGCUUUGGGUUUGAUGUGGGUUUCAGUAGCAGGGAUUUGAGGGAUCAUGUAAAGGUUACUGUAGUUAAUUAAGAAAGAUUGGAGAUGGGGGGGAUGAGGGAGUUUAUAAAGACUUUUUGGAAGUGAAAGUUGGAUUGGAAAAAAAGUAAAAGAGUAACUUUAAUGUUGGACGAAAUUCUCUUAAUGUAAUCUUUGUAAAAGAUGUUUCUUGAUAGAAAAUUCUUGAUCAUGGUAAACAUUCUC